AUGGACGUCCCCGGAUUCGCACUCGUCACCGGAGCAGCGUCCGGCAUCGGCAAAGCAUGCGCCCGCGCCUUUGCCGUCGAGGGCGCCGCCGGGGUCGCCCUCCUCGACAGAUCCGAGCAGGCCCUCCUAACAGCCAAGACAGAGGUUGCCGCAGAACUCGCAGCACGCCAGACAGACCGGCAAUGCCACCUGUUGACGCUCGUCGUCGACGUCACCGAUGAGGAGCAAGUGAGCAAGGCCGUCCAGGAGGCAGCCGCGGCGUUCGGCAGGCUCGACUACGUCGUCAACGCCGCGGGCGUGACGGUCAGGCACGACGAGGGCGCCGCGUUUGCCGACACCAGCGACUGGGACCGCGUCAUGGGCGUCAACCUCAACGGCAGCCUGUUCGUCCUCAGGGCCGCCGCGCAGAUCAUGCUCAAGCAGGAGCCGAUACGGUCCGCCGUCGACGGCCGCCCGCUGCAGCGAGGCUCCAUUGUCAAUCUGGCGUCGGUCCUGGGCCUCGUCGCCGUACCGCGGUACGCGGCGUACACGGCGUCCAAGCAUGCCGUCAUUGGGCUCACUAAGUCGGCUUCGUUGGACUACGCCAAGGAUGGGCUGCGCAUCAAUGCCAUGUGUCCGGGGUACACGGAGACGCCGAUGGUGGCUACACCGGAACUCCAAAAGGCCGUCGAGGAGACUGUGCGCGCGUCGGUGCCGAUGAAUCGCAUGGGACAGCCGGGGGAGAUUGCGGAUGGCGUCUUGUUCCUUGCUGGUGGGAGAAGUUCGUUUAUUACUGGCACGGCGCUCUUGACCGACGGGGGCUUGACGGCAAGGUGA